AUGCUCGACCGCCCACCCGACUCUGUUGUUUUCGUAAUAGGCGCGACUGGAGUCGGCAAGACUAAGUUGGCUCUGGACCUUGCCCAGCAGUUGAACGGGGAGAUAGUUGGCGCGGAUUCGAUACAGAUUUAUAAGGGCUUUGACGUGGCUAGCGCUAAGCCAACUCGUCAGGAAAUGGCCUUGGUACCUCAUCAUCUGGUGGACUGCAUUGACGCUAGUGAGGAAUAUAAUGUCUCGCGAUAUGUUCAAGAAGCAACGAGUGCAAUCCGGACGAUUCAUGCACGAGGAAAAACUCCUAUUGUUGUCGGAGGCACAGUACAAUACGUAACAGCAUUGCUGUGGCCGAUGACGGCUGUUGAACACAGUGACACGGUUCCUCCUAUACUAUCUAGUGACGAAGAUACGCAGUCCUCUGAGUGCACUCCUACAGCGCUUUAUAGGAAACUGUUGUUGGUUAAUCCUGAAGCUGCUGCGAAGUUACACCCGCAUGAUAUAAGGCGAAUCAGGCGGUGCCUCGAACUGGGCGAUAUCCGGGCUGAGAUGGGAAAGUUACGGUAUCCCAGAGCGAGAGUUGUUUGGCUCUGUUGUGACGACAAGGAAGUUUAUAGAAAACGAGUAGCUGAGAGAGUAGAUAGUAUGGUCGCUGAUGGUCUCGAGGAGGAGCUCAGCGGCGUAGUUGCGCCGGGUGUAGAAUGCGGGACCCUCGGAUGGAACCGGGGACCUCUCCAGGGUAUCGGCUACAAGGAGUUCCGCGAGUGGGUCGAAAGCCCUUCGGCCGACUGUUGGAGCCGAUGUGUUGAUCGAGUGAAGACGGGGACGGUGAAAUAUAGCAGGCAGCAAGUGAAGUGGAUACGUAACAAGAUUGAGCCUUUUGUCGAAGUGCACAAGGUCGACACCAGUGACUUUGAAACUGCCACUGAGUCGUACUGGGCGGGAAUCCUUCGUAGUGCGGUAGAGUUCGUGAGAAGAGAUCCCAAAGCUGUGAGUGAGAGCCCUAAGGAGGAAUGGAAGAAGUACAGCUGUGAGGUCUGCGGUAAAGACGGCAUCAAUGGUCCGAACGAAUGGCAGCAACAUUUGGGCAGUAAAAUGCAUAAAAGCCGAAAACGUAAAGCGAAGCAAGCAUCUUCACGAGGAGAGCUGAAGGAUCCAGCAAGUUGA